AUGUGUGAGGGCAGACAACAGUUACACAUAAAGGCUACACACAUGUUGAACAUUUUUGAGUCCCUUCGUGUUACUUCUGUUCGUAUCGCAAUUAUAUGAUCAUCAUGACGGAAAAUUCAUCGUAUAGCUCUACGUCAUUGCUAUUCCCUACUUAAAUAUUACCGACCCUGGAGAUCUACAUCGCAGAUCUGUGUAUACUCAGCGCCUUAACAUUACUCUAUGCCGUCCAGCAAUAUGGAUAAACAACAAAAUUCCAAAUACUUCAAGCGUGAAGAGGUAGAGAUACAUGCUACAACUAAUUUAUCAGCACCAAGCUUUGGAAGCCGUUUAAACCUCUCAUCAUUCACAUACUCUGCAGAUCCACCUUCACACUCUAUCCGACAGAGUCCCCGUCGGAUAUUAUCGAACUCAUCGACUCCACAACUAUCUCCCUCUCCCAUCAAACGCAAAAUCGAUAUAGAAUCCUCUGUAUCUGCGAACACUUCGACCUCCCCACUCAAAAAAUCCCGAACUCGACGCUCCACAGGCUACGCGCCACCAUCCCUCUACGCGCAUCUUCCAUUCCUCCCAGAUGUCGUAGCCCCAAAUCUCCUCUGCUUAUUUGUAGGCCUCAAUCCCGGUCUCGAGACCGCUAGAGUGGGACAUGCCUAUGCGCACCCUUCCAAUCGUUUCUGGAAAACACUCUAUUCUUCUGGUUGUACUACUCGUCUUCUGAAAGCGGAAGAUGAUGUGCGGUUACCUGAGUUGUAUUCUUUAGGGAAUACAAAUAUUGUUCAAAGACCGACGAGAAAUGGGGGUGAGCUGUCCAAAAAAGAGAUGGAUGAUGGGGUAAGCAUAUUGGAAGAGAAAAUUAGGAUGUAUAGACCAGAGGUGGUGGCGUUGGUGGGGAAGAGCAUUUGGGAGAGUGUGUGGAGGGUGAAGAAGGGGAAGGCGAUGACGAAAGAUCAAUUUAAAUAUGGGUGGCAGUCGGAAGAAGAGAAUUUGGGCAUCGUGAGGGGUGCAGAGUCCUGGAUGGGAGCAAGAAUUUUUGUUACAUCCAGUACAUCUGGAUUGGCUGCAUCACUGUCACCGGCGGAAAAAGAAGAGAUAUGGAGGAAAUUGGGAUCUUGGAUAGAGCAAAGAAGAAAAGAGAAAGCUGGCAUACAUAGAGUUAAAGAGGAGCUAGAAAACAGUGGUUGAAUAUCUUACUGCAAGGUUGGACAUUUGCAUUUUUGCAUUUUCCAUCAGUCUUGGACAUUGCAACCAUUUUACACAUUAACCCUACAUCCGAACGCAUUACAUCCGAUUAGAUUAUAAUGCUUAGAUUUGGCUGUAAUAGAGUGGCCUUUUCCUGUUCCAUGAAUAGUAUGAGUGGCCUCUUCUCUUCGCCUACUUUGAUGAAGGAACGAACUCUAGCUCAAGCAUGCUAUAGAGGUAUGAUGAUAUGGAGACUUCAAAUCCGUGUUUCAAAAAGCUUGGAAGACUUACACGUCAAGCUCUCUAGUUUAUGACUACCAUUCUCAUCAACAAAACCACCUCGAUUACAUUAGAAUAAAAUACGCACUCCCAAAAAUCAUCAACUUGUAUCCAUUU